GUAUCAAUGUAGUAUUUACGACUUGUUUUAUUAUUAAGUAUAUCGGUGUACACGCAUACUGAGCUUAAACUUAAGCUCCACUGGUGCCAAUAAACAGAACAGAACAGAAUUUUACGUGACAUAGCUUCCCAAAAAACGUAUAAACACGUGGAAACUUAUUAUUUCCUGACUGAUCACUUUUCUAGAUGGGCUAUAUAUGCUUAUAUAUAUUUGUUUUUGUUUGGAGGAUUUGUAAAAAUGAGUUUGGAUCCCGCAAUUUUAAUUAAUGAGAGUAUAGUUAAAGAGAUUCCACCACAAGUGAAUUACAUUCCAAAUUUUAUAACUGAAGAAGAAGAGAAAGAUUUAAUUAAAAAAGUUAACAAUGCUCCACUUCCAAAGUGGACUCAGCUUAGUCACAGGAGACUCCAAAAUUGGGGUGGCACUCCUCAUCCAAAAGGGAUGAUUGCUGAGGAUAUUCCUCAAUGGUUACAGACACAAAUAGAUAAAAUAUCAUUACUUGGUAUCUUUGGAAAAGACAAAACACCAAAUCAUAUUCUAAUCAACGAAUAUUUAUCUGGUCAAGGAAUUAUGGCACACUCUGAUGGACCUCUUUUUCAUCCAAUAGUGACAACAAUUAGCUGUGGUUCACAUACAUUAUUGGAAUUUUAUAAAAGAUUUGAAACAGAAAACAUUGAAUCUCCAAAACGAGUAUUUAGCUUAUUGUUGGAACCAAGAAGUUUAUUAAUUCUACAGAAAGAAUUAUAUCAUGAAUAUUUGCAUUCUAUUGAUGAAAGAGAAAUAGAUGUUAUUGACAAAAGUGAUAUUAAAAAUUUAUAUUUAUGUUCACAAACAUAUGAUAAAAAUCAAAUAUUGAAUCGAACAACAAGACUAUCUUUAACCAUUAGGCAUGUACCAAAAACUAGCAAACUCAAAUUAAAGCUUAGAAGAUAAAUAACUAAUCAUUAGAAAUAUUUGUGAGUUUACUUAUAAAUAUAUUUUUAUACAGAUCCAAUACAAACUGUAAAAAUAUCCUAAGCACUAUACUUUGGGGCAACCUUAAUUAUUAUUUACAAUGUGGAUCUAUAUUGUUAC